AUAUUGUGUGUGACAUGAAAUAAUUAAGAACACAAUUUUUGAGUACAUACUUUUUCUUUCCUUCAAUUUUCUAAGAAUAGAAAUUUGAUAUCACUGCCUAUGGACUCUGCUUCAUUCCCCGGUCCUUUGAUUUCCCACGUCAUCACCAAUUCAAGCUUGCAUCGGUCAUGCACUACUCAUCAUAGUGCAAGAUUUGGCCUGUGGAACAACAAGGUGAGAAAUUUGGCUUUUUAUGCUAUUGGGUUUUCUAAGGUUGGAACUGAAGACGUGUUUGAUGAUAGUGGUGAUUUGAAGGAAAAUGAAAAUGGAUCCCUCUUAAAAACGUUAAACGCCGAAAAAGAAAUAAAGCAAGAAACCGAUGAUUUCUUCGUGAGUGAAGCUGAAGGUGAUCCAGAUUGUCCCUCUAAAGGAUACUCUUCCAUUGAGCAUGCCCUAAAUGCGUUACACCAAGGAAAGUUUGUAAUCGUUGUAGAUGAUGAAAACAACAAUGUUGAAGGAAAUCUUAUAAAGGCUGCAUCUCUAAUUAGUACCAAAGAUGUGGCUUUUAUGAUUAAACAUGGAUCAGGAAUUGUUUCUGUUGGCAUGAAAGAAGAGGAUCUUCAAAGACUAAACCUUCCUCUUAUGUCACCUGAGACUGAAGAAGAGGAUUCAUCUGCCCCUACUUUCACUAUCACAGUGGAUGCAAAAUUUGGAACUUCCACGGGUGUAUCGGCUGCAGAUAGAGCAAAAACAAUUCUUGCUUUAUCAUCUCCAGAGUCUAAAUCCGAGGACUUAAGAAAACCAGGCCAUGUUUUUCCUCUUAAGUAUAGAAAUGGGGGAGUUCUUAGGAGAGCCGGUCAUACCGAGGCUUCUGUAGAUUUGGUUGCAUUGGCUGGCUUGCCACCAUUUUCUGUUCUCACAGCUCUUGUUGAUGUGGAAGAUGGAAACAUGGCAUCUUUGCCCAAUUUAAAAAACUUAGCAUUGGAAUAUAACUUACCAAUUGUCUCAAUAACUGAUUUGAUAAGGUAUCGAAGAAAGCGAGAGAAAUUGGUUGAAAGAACAUAUGUCUCACAUCUUCCUACUAAAUGGGGUCUAUUUCAAGCAUAUUGUUAUAGUUCAAAGUUGGAUGGAACUGAGCAUGUGGCUGUUGUAAAGGGAAACAUAGGAGAUGGGCAAGAUGUUCUAGUAAGAGUGCAUUCAGAAUGUUUAACUGGGGAUAUAUUUGGAUCAGCUCGGUGUGACUGUGGCCAGCAACUAGAUUUGGCUAUGGAAUUGAUUGAAGAAGCUGGAAGAGGAGUAAUUGUUUAUCUUAGAGGUCAUGAAGGAAGAGGCAUUGGGUUGGGUCACAAACUUCAAGCCUAUAACUUGCAAGAUCAAGGUCGUGAUACAGUCCAAGCAAACAUAGAUUUAGGGUUAGCUGUUGAUGCUCGUGAGUAUGGCAUUGGUGCCCAGAUUUUGAGGGACAUUGGAGUUCGAACUAUGAGGUUGAUGACAAACAAUCCAGCAAAAUUUGUUGGUCUUAAAGGAUAUGGUUUAGCUGUGACAGGUCGUGUUCCUGUGCUAACACCAAUCACUGAUGCAAACAAGCGUUACCUAGAAACAAAAAGGACUAAGAUGGGACAUAUUUAUGGGUCUGAUAUAUAAGGAUCUCAAUGAUUCAAUUGUAAAUAACCAAGAUUCAUCGAAGAACACAUAGCCUACACAUAAUACGACAGAAUGAAAAGUUUGUAUACUGUUAAAAGAAAUAAUUCAAAGGAUGAACCCAUUUGUGAAAA